GAGAGUGCUUGGGUCUGUUGGGAUGGCAGCUCUCCCGCUCGGCCGCCGCGCUCCCAAAGCGGCGUUUUUGAACCGAGGAUGGGUGCUCAGUGGGUGCCCGAGUGUCGCAGCGCUUGUGGCGGGGCCGCGGCCCACGGGAGAGACGCCUCUGGGGUGGGGAGUCUGAGGAGCAUAAAGGGAAGUUCGGGUUUUAUAAACUCGUUACGGGGAAACUGACAUUUAUUUUUCGGUGUCAUCCAGAGGGACCUGGACAGGCGGGAGAGGUGCAGCUAUGAGAACCUCGUGAGGUUCGAGACGGCCGAGUGCAAGGUCCUACGCUUGGGUCAGGGCAGUUCCCCAUUUCAGCUCAGGAUGGGGGAUGAUGUGAUUGAGAGCGGCGCUGGGGUGCUGCUGGGUGAGAAGCUGACAUGAGCCAGCAACGUGCACUCGCAGCCCAGAAGACCGACUGUAUCCUGGGCUGCAUCAAAAGAAGUGUGGCCAGCAGGUCGAGGGAGGGGAUUCUGCCCCUCUGUACCUCUCUUGUGAGACCUCAUCUGGGGUAUUGUGUUCAGUUCUGGAAUCCUCAACAUGAGAAGGAUAUGGAGCUGUUGGAAUGGGCUCCAGAGGGCUGGAGCACCUUCCGUUUGAGGACAGGCUGAGAGAGUUGGGGUUGUUCAGCCUGGAGAAGAGAAGGCUCAGAGGAGAUCUUAUAGUGACCUUCCAGUACUUGAAGGGGCCUAUUGGAAAGCUCAUGAGGGGUUGUUUACAAAGGCUUGUAGUGAUAGGACUAGGCGCAAUGCGUAUAAACUGGAGAGGGGCAGACUUAGACUAGACAGCAGGAGGAAUUUCUUCACCAUGAGGGUGGUGAGACACUGGCACAGGUUGACCGGGGAGGCUGUGGCUUACCCAUCCCUCGUAGUGUUCAAGGCCAGGCUGGAUGAAGCCUUGGGCAGCCUGAUCUAUUUGUAGCUGUCCAGGCCCAUGGCAGAGGGUUUGGAACUAGGUGAUCUUUUAAGGUCCCUUCCAACCUAAACUAUUCUAUGAUUCUUCUUCUCCUCCUCGACUUUAACCCACUUCCAUUCUAUGUGGGUAACACCAUUGCUUAAUUAGAGUGACAUCUGUUUGCUGUAACCGGCCUGUGUCACAGCGUCCCUGUGGCGUCCUUCUAAUGCCACCAUAAUAUUAAAGUGUCAGGCAGGCAGCCUGUGGAUUAUAAAUAGACACGAUAAGCGAUUAUUAUCUUUCUUUCCCAAGUGUAAAAGACAUGUAUAACUCAAGAAGGUGCGAGUCAUUUAGGCCUCCCGAGUAAGAAUCCAAUGAGUCCUGAAGGGGACCCCAUGAUGUUGUUGUCUUGUUGCUGAACUGGAGAUAUUAGAUUUAUUAUAUGGGAAUAUAUUUUCUGAAGUCAACAUUGGGUAAAAUAAUAAGAGAGGCUGUUAGACCAACAGUACAGCACGAUUUAGUGUCCCUCUGUGAUAGCCUUCUAAAAAUCUUAAUCACCCUUAGUAAAAGCAGAAAGCUGUUGUUAAAGUUCACUGGCUGUAGGUGAGCGAACAGCGUUAGUUACUUCUUGGAAUCAUUUUUAUAAUUUAGGAAAAAUGCAUUUCAUAUCUUUUUCCAUUAAUUUACAAUAUGGGUAAUGUUCUUCUACUUUAAAAGGCUUAAGUUCCACGAAGUUUUAUGCACAUUCUCAGCUUCAGACUUAUUUAUUUCUAAAUGGCCAGCAGUCCUGAGAAUAACCCAUCCUUCUCCGUUCAGAAAGUCACACACUCAGGAAGUUUCCAAGGAAAGAAGUCCCAGCAUGCAGAAGAAGCAGACUUUUACCUGAACUGCCGAGCAGCUUAUCUAACUGUUUUUAAAAGCAGUUUAGAAAAUAUUAAGUCAAAAGAACAACUCAUUUUAGUACUUCAACAGGCUGGAAGAAAUCCAUCUCAGAAGACAGUUAACAAAUUUUGGACUUCGCAAACUACUACACUGAAUUUUGAUGAUUUUUGUGCCAUCUUAAAACAACAAAAACCAGCAACAAAAACUGAACUGCUUGCAGCAUUUGGAAAAAUAGACACAAAAAACACUGGAUAUAUUUUACAUGAUGAACUUUAUAAAAUUCUUACAAUGAGGGGUGAAAAAAUGACUCGAGAUGAAUUCAUUACCAUUACUAAACAAGCUGAUUUUAACUGCAGUGGCAAACUGGACUACAACAAGUUUUGUGACUUAUACAUGGCAACCAGUGAACAGUGCUGUAAGACAGCACGAGAAAAACUGGAGCUUGAUAAUCGAUUGAGGCAACAGCAGUUUGGAAGUCAAGCUGAAACUUCGUCUGAAGGGAUCACACCGCCGGUGUCAAAACCAUCACCAAGGAUCUCGAGGAAAACUGAUCACAAACUAGCACCAUCAAAAGGUGAUAGCAGAACUCCUUCAAGACCCUCAUCAGCUCAAACUUGCAAAGCAUCUAUUUCUACCACUAUCAGCACAGCUGCCAGUAGCAACAGAAACACAAAACUAAUUGAGCCAGACACAAUGAAGGAAUGGCUGUGCGCGCAAUCAAAAGGAUGCUUCUACUUAGAAGAUGAUGAAAUCAUUAGUCACAAAUACAAGUUGCAUUUACCUCAAAGGUCUACAGUAUGUAUUACCAUCAAGCCUUUAAACCUUCGUCAGGUAGAAGGAAAAUCUUAUAAUUGGUUGUCAGUGGAUACAGCUUUGUAUAUUCUUAAGGAAAAUGAAACCCAAGAAAAUCUACAAGUUGUGAGCUUUACUGAACAAGAAAACAAAGAGAUGUUUGGAUGGAAAGGAGAACUUGUAUCAGGUGUUUAUUGGCUACUCCCAUUCACAACAGGCUGUCGGCUGAAGAAGGUAAAACGACAUAUUGCUGGAGAAGCAAAGCUGGUGUAUAGAGGUGAGGAUGGAGAACUGGCUCUGACCAGAGAGUUCCGAGACACUUUACUGGAUAUAUUUGAAACAAUUGACUUGGAUGGAAAUGGCCUUCUGAGUUUGGAGGAAUACAAUUUCUUUGAACUGAGAACUAGUGGUGAGAAAUGUGAUGAGGAAGCAUGGGCUGUAUGUAGGGAGAAUUUUGAUAUGAAGAAGAAUGAGCUAACGAGACAAGGAUUUCUGGAUUUGAAUCUCAUGGAAGCCAAUGACCGUGAAGGGGAUCCUAGUGACCUUUGGGUCACUUUAUUGUCUCUAGGCUACAAUAAAGCAUUAGAAAUGACAGAGAAACAGUAUCAGUGUUGAUGUUAAUGGCUCUCACAAAAGAAAGAGGAUCUCUUUAAUGAAGAGGAAAAAAAUUAUGAAAAAUUAAAGAAAACACUAAAUAUGCAGAUAAUGUAAUCGUUUAAGUUUCAUUACAAAGAAAAGCUGAUUUCAAAAAAUCUGAUUAUAUUAUUUCUUUAACUUUUGUUAAACUAAAACAGGUCAGUGCACUCACCAUAUAAAAUAUAUGUGUGAGAAACAAGUAUAUGCAGAUGCAAAAAUACCCAGUCUGGUUGACAGACAUCAGUUGUCCCUCUCUGAAAAUAUUGAGAUCGUGGUGAAUGAUUUCUUCGUGAUGAGCACUUUCUCCCACUCCUAUGAGAGUGGUUAGAAGAGCAACUAUAGAACUGUCUUUCUGCACUUCAGACAUAAGAGGGAGCUGUCCUCUAGAAAGAGGAUUUUGGGGAGUUUUUUGUCAAAUUAGACAUUUGAAAAAGCUAUCUCGUGCCUUGUACUAGCUGUGGUUUAUAGUUAUAGUCUUUGCUUUUCAAAGGACAACGUAGCUCUCUGAACGCUUUAGUCAGUCAUCUAAAGAUGUACAUCUGCUUAAUUUGUGUCUAUAACUUAACCCUUUAGUUCCUCGAUUUCAUAUGAUUUAAGAGAUUGAGAUUUCAGGAGCAUUGAGCCUUUGGCAAAUUAAAGACAGAACUUUAGAAACCCUAGUGGAUUUCAGUAGCCCUUUGAAAGAAACUGAGGUGCUGUUACUGAGUCCAAGAAAAUGCAAACUGCUGGUUGUUACAUGUACUAAUCUUAGCUGAGAUACCGAACAGUGCUCUUAAUGCUACAUUGCAGGUAUUUUAAAUCUGUGUGAAGUGGCACGAAUAGCAGAACUGUGACAGCUAAAGGAUACAAGUUUAUUUCAGACACUGAAAUACAUUCAUACUUCAUCUUAAUUUCUGUAUGUUUUGCUAUCCAGGGAAGGGUUUGCUGUGUUGGAGCCAAAUGCACCAAACUGCGUAUUGAGUGUACCAUGACUGGCAUGAAAAAUAUUCCUUUGUCUUGAGGUUUCAUUUUGUUUAAAAGAUCAUCACAGCUUUCAAGUUUUGAAUAUUUAAUGUUAGUAUUUGGGUAAUUCUGCUUCAGAGCAUGUAUGAAAAUACUUGGAAGCUGUGGAUGGAAAUCUGGCAGGAAAACCAACCUACAGACAAAGUGACGAUAAAACUGAUUUUCUCCAUUGCAGGCGUGCCCCUUUGUCAUUGACAUCUAUGCAGAAAAAUGCAAACCCAGAAUUAAAGCUAUAUAUCUAGAGGCAGGGAGCUGGCAGCUCAACAGGGCUAUUUGCAAGUCUGUUGUUAAUAAAGGAGAGGCCAAAGUAAUGGAUGG